UUCAGGAUUUCUUCCAACCAGAAUGGAUAUUUUAUUUUUUCAGGAAAUUGUAGAAAUAACUAUUAUAAAUCCUUUAUAACGGCUAUUCUUCUUCUCUCGCUUUCAAUGGACCAAUCAACGGCUAGUUUUCAUGGUUUUUAGCGUUGCGCCUGUUCACAUUCUCUGGUAUCACUUUAACGAACCCCAUUAAAGAGCAGAGAAGAAGUAGAAAGUUGGAGAAAUAGCAGAGGAGAAGGGGAAGAAGGGACUAAGGAGAGAUGGAUUUGAGCUCAUUUAUCACGUCUCUUACGACGUCUUUUGUGAUAUUUCUGUUUUUGAUGCUUGUGUUCGUAUGGCUGUCGAGAAAACCUGGCAACAAUGUUAUUUACUACCCGAAUCGGCUUCUCAAAGGGUUGGAUCCAUGGGAUGGGUCGAGGACGAAGAACCCAUUUUCUUGGAUUCAGGAAGCUUUGAGUUCUACAGAGGCAGAUAUCAUUUCUAUGUCCGGAGUCGACACCGCCGUUUACUUCGUCUUCUUGAGUUCAGUUCUGGGCAUCUUGGUUUUAUCUGGCCUUGUGUUACUACCAAUUCUUCUGCCGGUUGCUGCAACUGCACAUGUGAAGCCAACUAAUGGGACCUUCAGCUCUCUUGAUAAGCUAUCCAUGGGAAACAUUGAAGUGAAGAGUCCAAGACUGUGGGCAUAUGUGAUUGCAACCUACUGGGUUUCCUUUGUAACAUUUUACAUCUUAUGGAAGGCAUAUGGACAUGUAUCUGAUUUGAGAGCCACAGCUUUAAUGUCUCCAGAGGUGAAACCUGAGCAAUUUGCUGUUCUCGUCAGAGACAUACCUCAGGUUCCUGAAGGAAAAAAUCGUAAAGAGCAGGUUGAUUCAUAUUUCAAAACAAUCCAUGCAGAAACAUUUUACAGAUCAAUGGUAGUCACAGACAACAAACAGGCCAACAAAAUUUGGGAAGAGUUGGAAGGAUAUAGAAAGAAGUGUGCCCGUGCUGAAGCCAUUUUCGCAGCCACAAAAAGAACAGGAACAGCAGAAGGAACAAGACCGACAAACAAAAUUGGCUUCCUUGGUCUCAUAGGGAAAAAAGUAGACACAAUAGAUUACUGCAAUGAGAAAAUUAAUGAACUGUUCCCAAAACUAGAAUCUGAGCAGAAGACUACCAUUAGAGAGAAGCAGCAAGCAGCAGCUAUUGUCUUCUUCAACAGCCGUCUGGCUGCAGCUUCUGCAGCUCAGGCUGUUCAUGCACAGAUGCCUGACUCAUGGACAGUUACAGAAGCUCCUGAACCCCGUCAACUAAUAUGGAGAAAUUUUACAAUUAAAUUUUAUGAGAGAACGAUACGACAAUGUAUUGUUUAUGUGGUUGUGGCUUUGAUUAUAUUUUUCUUCAUGAUUCCAAUUGCCAUCAUCUCUGCAUUCACGACUCUGGACAAUCUAAGAAGGUUACUUCCAUUCUUGAAGCCUGUUCUUGACAUUGCCGCGGUUAAGACAGUAUUGGAAGCUUACCUACCUCAGAUUGCACUUAUUGUGUUCCUGGCUUUGUUACCAAAGUUUCUUAUGAUGUUCUCCAAGGCCGAAGGAAUCCCUUCUGAGGCUCAUGCUGUGAGAGCCACCUCAGGGAAGUAUUUCUAUUUCAUAGUGUUAAAUGUUUUUAUUGGAGUAACUGUUGGUGGGACCCUAUUCGGUACAUUGAAGACCAUAGAGAAAACUCCGAACAAAGCCGUACAUAUUCUGGGUAAAGGUGUUCCGGCUAAUGCAACCUUCUUUGUGACCUUUGUGGCGUUGAAGUUUUUUGUUGGCUAUGGGCUUGAGCUUUCCCGUUUGGUUCCUCUGAUCAUUUUCCAUUUAAAGAGGAAAUUUAUGUGUAAAACUGAAGCUGAGCUGAAAGAAGCCUGGGCUCCUGGGGAUUUUGGUUACGCUACAAGGGUUCCAGGUGAUAUGCUAAUCAUCACCAUUGCUCUCUGUUACUCUGUGAUAGCUCCUAUUAUCAUUCCAUUUGGUGUGGCAUACUUUGGCCUUGGAUGGCUUAUUCUCCGGAACCAGGCUCUAAAAGUGUAUGUUCCAUCAUAUGAGAGCUAUGGGCGCAUGUGGCCCCACAUGCAUGCACGUAUUCUUGCGGCUCUGAUUAUCUUCCAAAUUACAAUGUUUGGCUUCUUUUUGCUGAAGGAAUUCGUUGAGACAGUUUUGUUGAUUCCCCUUCCCAUAUUCACUAUCCUAUUCAGUUUUGUAUGUUCGAAGAAAUUUUACCGAUCAUUCAGCCACACUCCUCUUGAGGUUGCCAGCCAUGAAUUGAAGGAGAUCCCUAACAUGGAAUCCAUCUUCAAAGCGUUCAUCCCAGCAUGUUUGAGAUCAGAAAAGUUCGAUGAUGGUGGUGACCAGUUUGAGGAUGCUCUCGCUCAAUUUUCAAGAAGUGGAUCAACCGUUUGAUGUAAAUACUUGAAAAACAUGUAUGUUCAUAUAAUACCAUGUCUUUGCUUUAGUAGAUCCUGGACCUUUAGUUGGCAUGAUUUGUUCUAUUGAUGAGUAGUUCUAGGAAUCAUUUGUUUCAGACAUCAGCAGUCUGUACAUCCCAAUAGUGUGUGAAGUUUAUGUCUCUGUCUAAUUUUAGUAGUAAGUUUUCCCUUGUUGGUUAAUACCCCAGCUGGUUGUAUUUUAUACGAUAGUGUGAGAAGGCUUUGUUUCUGUCUACUUUGAGUUGUAAGUUUUCUCUUGUUAUUGAUUAAUUAAUACCAGCCGUUUGUGUUUUA